ACAUGUUUAUUAUUGUUAUUGGUUUUUCAAUUGAAGUGCAAAAAAUUGGUUAAAAAAAUUAGUGAAAAAAGUUAAUAAAAAAUGAAAAUAACUUGUCGAAUAUGUAAAAUACAACAAGGAGAAUUCUUUACGCUUGAUAGUGUAGUACCUGUUUAUGGUCGAAUGGAACACAAGCUAUUGGAAAUAUAUAAUAAAUGUUUUCAAUUGAAUGCCCAACAACAAGAUGCUUUGCCUCAAGUGGUGUGUUUGACGUGUUUGGAAAAAUUAAAAGAAUUUUAUGAAUUUCGAUUGAAAGCCGAAAAAACUGACUUGGAAUUAAGAAAAGUUUUACAAGAAUCCCAAGAGCAAGAAAUAAAAUCUGAAUUAUUGGAGAGAUUUCAGCAAGAGCCCAAUAAUAAAGGCGAAAUAAAUGCAUCAUUGCCAGCAAUUAAACCAGAAUUGGAAGAAGAAGUUAUUACCACUGAAGAUGAAUACGAAGAUGAUGAAGAACGUUAUGAAAGUGAUGCCAAAACACAACAACAGGAGGACGACGAGGAAGAAGUUGAAGAUACUGAUAUUUUAUUUGAACUAUACAAUAAGAAUGAUAGUUGUAUGGAAAACUAUCUAAAUUUUGAUAAAGAGGAAGAGGAAUCUGAAGAAAUAAUAGAAGAAGACUACAACAGUGAUCAUGUAGAACAUGAUAAUGAAAUUGAAAUGAAUAAAUCUCUAGUCGAUGAUAUUAAUAAUGCUCAAAUAAUAGAAAGCGAUAAAAUACAAUCAAAUAAUACUAGCGAUGAUAUUGAUGCAAUAAAUUUAGAAUCACAAAAGAAUAUACCGAUCGUAGAAAUUUCAAGACUUCAAUUACCAUUAGAAACAGCUCAAGUUCAGACAAUAAUGUUGGAUCCCUUGGUUGAAAGUAGAAAAUGGCAGUGUGCUGAUUGUGGACGCAAGUAUUUGACAGAAGAGAAAUUGGAACAACAUCGUAAACUGCAUAAUCAAUCAGAGGAUUGCCAGUGUGAAAUAUGCGGUACACAUCUUAAGUCCCUCUAUGAUUAUCGUGAACAUAUGAAGACUCAUGGAACGGAACGUAAAUUUUCUUGCGAAUAUUGCGACAAGACAUUUUCUACUCGCGCCAAUCUAAAGGCUCAUCUAUAUAUUCACACCAAUUUACGGCCUUUUAAGUGCGAAAUUUGUGGUAAAACAUUCCAACAGAAAUCAAUCUUAAAGACUCACAUGACAUUGCAUACGGGUAAACCAUUUGAAUGUACUCUCUGUCAUCGACGUUUUAGUCGAACAGCUCAUCUUAAUAUCCAUAUGCGUCAACACAAUAACAUACGUCCAUAUCAAUGUACCGAAUGUCCGAGCUCCUAUAUGCAAAAGUCCCAUUUAGAUCGUCACAUAUCUAGCUCACAUUUGGGUGUACGCUUUCAAUGCACUAUAUGCGGUAAAAUGUACACUAAGAAGCCGUCCUUGAAUACUCAUAUGCGUGAAGCCCACUGUACAACGGUGUCAUUAUACAAUUGUAAAAUAUGUGAUUUGGAUUUUGCAAAACAAAAAGGAUUAUAUUAUCAUCUAAAAUCCAAGCAUCCCGGUUACAAUAAAAAUCAAAUGUAAAAAAAAAACCAAGUGGAAUAUUAGAAAAAGUAAAAAUUGUAUGCAAUCUUUAGUUUUUAUUAAAAAUUUUAUUUACAUUAAUAUGAAAAAAUGUAUUUUUAU